AUGCCUAAGAUCAAGAUCAAGAACCCUAGGGCUUCAGAAACCUUAUCAGAGGAAUCUCAGACGAAAAGACCCAGAAAGAAAGCCAAAAACAGUAAUGAAAUUGGUACACCCAGUGGUACACCAAAAGGUCCACUGAAAGUUAAACUGAAGCAGAAGGCAGACUCUAAAAAAGAUGCGGAAAAGGAGGGAUCACAGCCCAUGAAACUGAAAAUCAAUCUGAAUAAUAGAGACGAUUCGAAUCCCGCGAGUUCUGUGACUCCAAAAGCGCCAAGAUUCAGAAUAAAACCCGUCAGAGUACCUGGGGAAGGCUACGAUUCGGAGGCUUCAGACAUCGAAGACGAUCCACUCAUUGAGGAUGGUAUUGUGCUACGAGUUUUGCCCGACGUUCAGACAGAAUUUGUGAAAAACUGCAUUGAAAGUGGGGACUUUUCCGGUAUAAGCUUAAAAUGGAAGGGCGAGAGACAUGCCGUUGUUAAAAUCAAUGGGCACAUGUACGGCGCAAUUUUAGUCAACUUGCCUACGAUUAUUGAAGUGAAUAAAAGUGUUGACCGGAAAAACCUUAUAAAGGCAUUUGACGUUUCGCAAAUGCUCUUAUGCGUCAAACCCAUCGACCAUGAUGAAGAAGUAUUUUCAGUUAUGGCACCAGAUACAGAGGACCUUGUUGUGAAGCAUUUCGAUGAUUACAAAACCGAGAUUGAGGAAUGUAAAAAACUGGCAUUUCGUGGAUUCAACGGCGGUCCGUUAACAGACACUGAGGCUAGCCAUCUGGAGGAAAUAGUCAAAAAGGGAUAUGAUUAUAAGCACGGAAUCACACCACCACUCUACAAUGUUCGAAAUCGGAGGUUUCGUCGUCGGCUUGCGAUACAGGAAGUCGAAUAUGUCGAGAAAACGGUAGAGCACUUGCUGCGACAGGAUCAAGAGGCGGAAGGCUUUACUUACGAUUUGGUCGAUGAACAUUCCUUGCAACAACAAAGGGCAAGCUCCAAUGAUCUACCUCUUGACUCGUCUUCGAACGAAGGUUUUGCUUUGUUCGGCGAGGAUGACCAUGAGGAUCUGGAACUGGAGCUAGAACAAGCAUUGCAAGAAGAUCGCCAAGGUGUCGAGCAGAUGACCGCUGAUAUGCGUAAGCAAGCCGUCGAGGAGACGGGCGAUGACGUUGAACAAGAUAACGGGGAGGAUGAAGAAGAAGAGGAUGAAGAGGAAGACGAGGAAGAAGGUGGAGAAGAAGAAGAAGAAGAAGAACCGGAAGAAGAGGACGCUGCAGAACUUGAUACUGCCGCCAAUGUCGCCAAGCCGGCGGUAGACGAAGGUCUUCAACAUGCGGAACUUUUGAGAGAUGAACUGGAAGAACUCGAGAGUAUUUUGCAACAGAAUAGACAAAAGUUAGAAAAGGCAACGAAUCCACUUCUGAAGUCAAGGUUUAUUGACAGUAUAAAGAAAAUGGAGAAGGAAGCAGAGAUUAAGAGGAAACAAUUGAAGCUUAGCGGGGACUCCAAUAUUUCUAGUAAAUCUCAGAGCGCAGCACCUGACGAAAUCGAGAACGAUGACGAUGAUGAAGAUGAGGACGAAGAGGCCGACGAGGCUGAAGAAGCAGAGGAAGCAGAAGAUGACGAUGAUGAUGACGAAGACGAUGAAGAUGUUACGAAUGUUGCGAACACGAACAACAAUGCUGACGCGCAGAAACCGCCCGAGGAGCUUGAUCAGGAUGACAUGGAUAUGAUGAUGCUAUUCGGCGGUGAGGGUGAUGAAUGA